AAUAUAAAGAACAAGUAAGAAAAAGAAGCAAAAACAUCUUCCUUAGUACAGUACUACUCUCAACUUUCUGAGAGAAGCAGUUUUGAUAUAAGAACUAAGAUCGCGUCAGUCUUUAUGUAUUACCAAAACCAUCACCAAGGAAAGAACAUCCUCUCUUCUUCAAGAAUGCACUUAAAUUCUGAAAGGCAUCCUUUCCUUAGAGGAGGGAACAGUCCAGGAGAUUCAGGACUCAUUCUUUCAACAGAUGCAAAGCCACGCUUAAAAUGGACUCCAGAUCUUCAUGAGAGAUUCAUUGAGGCAGUGAAUCAACUCGGUGGAGCAGAUAAAGCUACUCCUAAAACAAUUAUGAAAGUCAUGGGUAUUCCAGGCCUUACCUUAUACCAUCUCAAAAGCCAUCUUCAGAAAUACAGGCUGAGCAAGAAUCUUAACGGACAAGCUAACAGCGGCUUAAACAAAAUAGGUGUGAUGACCAUGAUGGAAGAAAAGACACCUGAUGCAGACGAAAUUCAAAGCGAGAGUUUAAGCAUUGGACCACAGCCAAACAAGAACUCACCAAUAAGUGAAGCACUGCAAAUGCAAAUAGAGGUCCAAAGAAGGCUUCAUGAGCAACUUGAGGUACAGCGACAUUUGCAGCUCAGAAUAGAGGCUCAAGGGAAGUACCUACAAUCGGUUUUGGAGAAGGCACAAGAGACUCUUGGAAGACAGAACCUUGGUGCAGCCGGGCUCGAAGCUGCCAAAGUUCAAAUCUCGGAAUUAGUAUCUAAAGUAUCAGCAGAUUACCCAAACUCUAGUCUCCUAGAACCAAAAGAGCUUCAAAACCUCCUGUGCGCACAACAUAUGCAAACAAGCUAUCGACCUGAUUGCUCCCUUGACAGCUGCCUGACCUCAAGCGAGGGAGCUCAUGAGAAAAACCCGAAAACGCUAGAGAGCAACAGAUCAGUAGGGCUAAGAACAUACCUCGGCGAUUCAACGUCCGAGCAGAAAGUGAUAAACGAAGAACCAUUGUUCCAACGGAUGGAGCUCACGUGGACACAAGGUCUAAGAGGGAAUCCAUAUCUUUCAACAAUGGUAAGCGACGCGGAGCAAAGAAUCUCGUAUUCAGAGAGAAGUAGAAGUCCAGGUAGAUUGUCAAUAGGUGUAGGAAUGCACGGACACAGAGGCCAUCAUCAACAAGGCAACAAUGAGUGUAAAGACGAAAGUGAGGAUCAUAAGCUUGAAACCCGAAGCAAAACAACAGAGCUAGAUCUUAACACAAAUGUGGAAAACUAUUGUACAACGCAUCCCAAACAGUUUGACUUGAAUGGUCUCAGCUGGAACUGA